AUAUCAACCCCUCAAUAAACAAAACACCAUACAAUCCGCCCCACAAUCUUCUCUCUAUCCCCCAAAACUUUCAACUCAUGAUACCCAAAAAGCCCCUACCACCUCUCCCCUCCAUCCUCCUCCUCUUACUCCACCUCUCCACGGCGGUCUACUCCGAUGACUCUGCCGCCAUGCUCGCUCUCGCCAAGUCCCUCCAGAACACCCCCUCCGACUGGUCCACCACCUCCUCCUCCGGCUACUGCGACUGGACUGGCAUCAGCUGCGACAACUCAAACCGUGUCACUUCCAUUAGCCUCGCCCGAAGCCAACUCACCGGCACUUUGCCUUCAGAAAUCUCCUCUUUGUCCCAGCUCAAUUCCCUUUCUUUACAAUACAAUGGCAUUUCUGGAGCCAUUCCUUCUUUCGCCAAGCUCGCAUCUUUGCAAGAAAUCUUCCUAGACCGCAACAAUUUCACCAGUGUUACUUCUGGUUGCUUUGAUGGGUUAACCAGUUUGCAAACUUUGAGUCUUAGUGAUAAUUUUGAGCUGGCUUCUUGGUCUUUUCCUAAUGAAUUAACCAAAUCUUUAAGUCUUACCACUUUGUACUUGGAUGAUUGUAACAUCAAUGGGCCUAUUCCAGAUGUGUUUGAUUCGUUUCCCAACUUGCAGAAUCUGAGGCUUUCGUAUAACAACUUUACUGGUUCUUUGCCGGCGUCUUUCGCCAAAUCUGAGAUUCAGAAUCUUUGGAUGAACGAUCAGAAGGUGGGUUUGUCCGGUAGGCUUGAUGUGCUAUCUGGGAUGACUCGGUUGAAGCAAGUUUGGCUUCACCAGAAUCAGUUCACGGGUCCGGUUCCAGAUUUGUCAAAUUGUGUUGAUUUGUUUGAUUUGUCUUUGCGUGAUAAUCAAUUAACUGGUGUUCUUCCUGCAUCUAUUGUUUCACUUCCUGCUUUGAUUAACAUUUCUUUGACAAACAACAAGUUGCAAGGGCCUUAUCCGGCUUUUCCCAGCUCGGUUAAGAAGAUUUUUCUUGAUCAUAACAAUUUUUGUAAAAAUAGUUCAGAAGCUGGAAGCCCCUGUGAUGCACAGGUCGCUACUUUGCUUCAGAUUGCUGGAGCUAUGUACUAUCCAUCGGUUUUAGCUGAUUCUUGGCCGGGAAACAAUGCUUGUGACGGUUGGCCUUUUGUUACUUGUGAUUCACAAGGAAGGGUCAUCACCAUAACUCUUGCCAAUAAGCAUUUUGAAGGGACUAUUUCGCCAUCAUAUGGGAACCUUACAGCUUUGAAGAAUUUAAAUUUGCAGAACAAUAAUUUGACUGGUUCUAUUCCUGAUAGCUUGACCAAAUUAGCUUCUCUUCAGAAUCUGGAUGUUUCAGGCAAUAAUCUUUCUGGGAAAGUCCCCUCUUUUGGGAACAGUUUGAAGCCUACAACAUCACCCGGAAAUCCUUUCCUUGGAACGAAUGUGGAUACAACUCCUGGGAGCCCUCCUGGGUCUGGAUCAGGUGCAUCAACGAAUGGAACUUCGACUGCAUCAGACAAGGGGAAGACACUGUCUGUUGGUAUAAUUGUUGCAAUUGUUAUCGUUGUUGUGAUUUUUGUCGUGGUGGUGUUAUUUGUUGUUUAUAAAUUUAUUGUUAAGAGAAAGCAUAAGAAGUUUGGUAGGAUACAGAGUCCGGAAUCUGGAAAUGGAGUUGGUAAGAACGGAGUAAUUGGUUUGAAUGGUCUGAGUGGCUAUAAUGGGGUUCCUAGUGAACUACAUAGCCAAAGCAGUGGGGAUCAUAGUGAUCGUCGGCUGUUUGAGGGUGGAAAUGUGAUAAUUUCCAUAGAGGUUCUCCGACAGGUGACUGAUAAUUUCAGUGAAGCUAAUAUUUUGGGUAAGGGUGGAUUCGGUGUUGUGUAUAAAGGUGAAUUGCAUGAUGGAACUAAGAUUGCUGUGAAGAGGAUGGAGUCUAAUGCAAUGGGUACCAAAGGAAUGAAUGAGUUUCAGGCUGAAAUUGCAGUGCUUACUAAGGUUAGGCAUAGACAUUUGGUUGCACUCUUAGGAUACUGUAUAAAUGGUCAUGAGAGGCUGAUGGUGUACGAGUAUAUGCCUCAGGGCACUCUGGCACAGCGCUUAUUUGAGUGGCGUGAUAAUUGUUAUUCUCCUCUAACGUGGAAGCAGCGAGUAACUAUUGCAUUGGAUGUUGCACGAGGAGUGGAAUAUCUACACAGUUUGGCACAACAAAGCUUCAUCCAUAGAGAUUUGAAACCGUCAAAUAUACUAAUUGGAGACGACAUGAGAGCGAAGGUUGCAGAUUUUGGUUUGGUCAAAAAUGCACCUGACGGAAAGUAUUCAGUGGAGACUCGAUUGGCUGGGACAUUUGGUUACCUUGCACCUGAGUAUGCUGCAACUGGAAGAGUGACAACAAAAAUCGAUGUUUAUGCAUUUGGAGUGGUUUUGAUGGAGAUUAUCACUGGUAGGAAAGCAUUAGAUGAUACUAUGCCGGAUAAUAGGGCUCAUUUGGUGACAUGGUUCCGUCGGGUUUUAAUCAAUAAAGAAAACAUUCUCAAGGCCAUUGAUGAAACCCUAAACCCUGAUGAGGAGACAAUGGAGAGUAUCUACAGGGUGGCAGAGCUGGCAGGACACUGCACUGCUCGCGAACCACACCAAAGACCAGAUAUGGGCCAUGCAGUCAAUGUCUUGGGUCCUCUUGUAGAGCAGUGGAAACCUACCAGCCAUGAAGAUGAUGAAAGCUUGGGCAUUGACCUCCACAUGAGUCUCCCACAAGCACUACAAAGAUGGCAAGCAGAUGAAGGUACUUCGACUAUGUAUGGUGGUAUGUCCUUCUCCCAGUCACAAUCAAGCAUCCCUUCUAAACCUUCAGGAUUUGCAGACACAUUUAGUUCGACCGAUUGCAGAUGAGGAAAAAAGAAAGUCUAAAUGAUCUUGAAUAUGAGAGAAGAAAACGACAGGUCGGAAGUAAGGGAUGGUUUCCAUUACAUUUACAAAUUCUUUCUUUCAUUAUUUUUUUAAUAUCUGUUUGCUCAUCUUUGAUCUUGGUAGUGGAGCUCUUGUUUCUGUUUAUUCUCUGAAGCUAGCAAAAGGGGGAAAGAGGGAUUGGAACUUUUUAUGUUAGUGUUUCAAUUACCAGUUUCAUUGUAAUGUGUAAUUAUUGCUUUGCAUACAUUAUUUAUUUAUUUAUAUAUUAUUUUGGGUUAAA